AUGAUGGACAGCGCCGCGCUCCGUUUGCCCUUGGGUGGAUCUGAUGGGGAGCGCGGUGAGGGUGCAGAGAGGUGGCCAGACGUGGCCCUCCCGCCGUCGGGAGAGAUCGCACAAUCGGUGGAUGAGCUGGUGCAUCGACUCACGGACACGGAGUUUGAUCUGCCAGACUUGCCCGGCGUGGAUGCAGCGCUGGUCAAUGAGCUGAGGCAUGCCCUGCAGCACAUGCGCACGUCCUACACGGUAUCGGGCACCUCAGCAUUCGAUGCACGGCCCAAAUCGUCCACAGCACUGCACGAUGCCACGCACUGCACGCAGGACGAGUCACACGACAGCUCUGCGUGUGAGGACGACGAUCACGAUGAAAUGGUGGACGAUGAGGAUGACGACGCCGACACAUCAGCUGAACACGCACGCAUCUACCGGCAACAGCGCACAGCUCCACCCACGCAUGCCAUUGAGAAGAAGUGCAAGUGCGCCUCGGGCACAUGCUUGGAUUCUCUGCCGCGGUCUACCGUGCAGCAGAUCAGGGCAGAGUACGACAGACUGUCACAGCAUGCCAAGCGCAUUGCAUGCCAGAGCCUCCUGGCGACGUGUGUCUCUGGAGCGGCAGGCACACCCCCCAAAGGCAAGCCCCGCAAGAGCCGCGCCAAACGGCAUCAUGACGACUCCGUCCCCGUCACAGCACACCGACUCCGCCCCAAGUACUGUGUGUUAGGCGCAACUUUGUGCAAGACGUCGUUCAUGAAAGUCACGGGCAUGGGCUCUCGCAUGAUUGCCAACGCACUUCAAGACCUGCGCAACGAGCACGUUGUGCCGACUCCAACGAAGCGCCCGGGCAACACGAAGAAUGUGAAGCACCCUCGCACCAAGUUUGCCCUCGCAGUGAUUGACGCCAUCGCGCGGGUGGAUGGCCUGCCAAACCCUGGACAGCGGGGCCCGAUGCUGCUCCUCCCCGUUGACAAGACCAAGAAGGCAAUGCACGAGGACUACCUGAGAGUGCAUAAGGACACGUCUCCAAGCACUACUGGAGGGGAUGCCCUGUCCUACGGGGACUUUGUGUACGUCUGGCGUCGGCAUAUGCCCUGGGUUGUCAGCGACAAGCUCCGCACGGAUUUGUGCAACCGCUGCAUGGAGUUGCGGCGAACCAAGAACCACGUCCAGCUCAAGCUGCACUUGCUGCCCACUCGACUGGAGCGUGCGUUCUACCACGCCCACGCACGCUUCGCCGCCCUUCACGCCAACACCUUGGCAUUGAGCAUGGACAAGGCUGGGACGUGCAGGCUGCCACAUCUCACCCAAGAGCCCAAAGACAUCUGCUACACCACCGGCUUGGCUGUCGAUGUUUUCGGCAUUGCCAACUUGGGCACGGCGCAUCAAGUCAACUACGUUGUUCCUGAGACACAACGCGCCAUGGUGCAGGGCGCAGACUUCAUGGUGUCGCUUCUGCACCACGUGCUGGAGGGCUACCCAGAGGCUGAGCGUGUGUACAUCCUGGCGGACAGCACGGCGGCGCAGAACAAGAACAACUGUGUGAUGCAGUACCUCAGCGCGCGCUCAGUCCUGCGUCAUCAGGAGAUUAUCCUGCACUUUAUGAUCCCGGGCCACACCAAAGCUGCCAACGACGCCCACUUUGGCGUGUUCAAGCAUGCCCUCAAGAACAAGGACGUGUACAACCCGCGACAGUUUAUGGAAGUUAUUGACGGAUCGAGCCGAACAAACAGCGCUGUGGACGCGUCCACCGUCAAGCAGUCCGCAUUCUCGCAGUCCUUUGAGCGCGCGGGUGCUCGAAGGAUCGCGGGCAUCAGCGACUUCCACCAUUUCUGGUUCCGGCCCUCCGCGCCGGGGGCCGUACAGCUUCGCGCCCGAGCAUCAGAGGAGUGGUAUGCAUACACGACCCUCUUCCGCCCAUCCAGCAUCAGCGAGGACCUGUUCAGCCACGUUGCACCUCUCGAGCGCUUCCACAUAUCUAAAGAGCGCCAGCAAGACUUGCGUGCCCUCCGUGACAAGCACCUUACUCAUCUGUCACAUGAGGACCAGCAGAACUUCUUCCCAGAUGGCUACGAGGCCCAGUUCAACGACGUGCGUGCACAAGCGUCGCCGCUCCUGCCGCCCCUGCCACCACCACCACCACCACCACCGCCAUCACCUCACCAAUCAGCAGUCACACGGCAUGUAGCUACUCACGAUAACGCCACCUAACGUGUGCCUUGUGUAAGCAAGCGCAUGGAUGCGCUGUAGCCUCUUCUUGACAGUUUUACCUGAACCCCCCCCCCCCCUGGCCUGCAUAACCGACCACCUACCCCCACCAUGUCUUUCCAAUAAAAUCGCUCAAACUCG